GCUCCAAUCCUCCCUGGGGUUUGCAGUGUCUUUACAGCUCUGGCCACAUCUGCUGCCUGCCUGGGAAGGUGUCUGCACACCCCACCUGCCCCACCGGCUCUGGGACACACUCACCUGCAUCCAGCCACGGCUCAUGGUCUGUCCUUGUGCCCUGGGAACAUCCAGCUGGGAUCGGCGCUAUCCCAGGCCAGGGCUUGCAUGGAAAAGAGCUCUAGGGCCAGCAGACGUCAACAGGGGAGGGGAUGGGGUAACCUCCCCCAGCCUGGGCACUGGCAUCUGUCCCAGCACACCCAGCCCCACUGCCACCCCAGCUCUGUGCCCCCAGCACUGCCCUGCAGUGCUCCACUGCACAAACACAGCUAUCACAGCCCAAGCACCCCAGAGUGCUUUUGACAGCUUGUUCCCAUGUCUGCACUUGCAUGGGAAAUGAUAGGUGCCAGGUUUGGCCAGGUCCCCACAGCAGGGACUUUACCCUGCCCAGUUACAAGCCACGCAGCUCCUGGCUGCUAUAAAGCUGGUGGCCUCAGUGGCACAGCCGAGUCCUCCCAGGAUGGCGUUUCUGUGGGUAGUUGCCUGCCUGGCCCUUGCCAGCACGGUCUCAGGCUGUGGGGAGCCCAGCAUCAGCCCCUUGCUCCACCACACCGAGAGGAUCAUCAAUGGGCAGAAUGCAGUGCCUGGAUCAUGGCCCUGGCAGGUCUCCCUGCAGAACCGCUUCGGAUCCCACUUCUGUGGUGGCUCCUUAAUCAACGAGAACUGGGUUGUCACCGCUGCCCACUGCGAAUUCAAGCCACUCUUCCAUGUCGUCGUCCUCGGGGGAUAUGACCGCACCUCCAGGGCUGACUCUGUUCAAGUGAAGAAUGUGGUCAGGGUCGUCACGAAUCCCAACUGGAACCCGUACACCCUGAGCAAUGACAUCGCCCUGCUGAAGCUCGCCUCACCUGCCAAGCUGGGACCCCGUGUGUCCCCUGUCUGCCUGCCCCCCCCUGACCUGCAUCUGCCCGACAACCUCCAGUGUGUCACCACCGGCUGGGGACGCACCAGUGUCAACUCCUACGUGCUGGCAGAGAGCCUACAGCAGGUAUCCCUGCCCUUGAUCUCCUCCAGCGAGUGUGCAGAGUACUGGGGAAGCAAGAUCACCAGCUCCAUGGUCUGUGCUGGUGGCGUCGGUGCCUCAUCCUGCCAGGGUGACUCUGGUGGACCUCUGGUAUACCAGGAUGGGAGCCUCUGGACCUUAAUUGGCAUUGUCUCCUGGGGCAGCAGCAACUGCAAUGUCAACACACCAGCUGCCUACACCCGUGUAAGCCACUUCCGAAACUGGAUCAACAACGUUAUUCAAGCUUAGAGCCGGUGGUGGAUGGAUCCCGUCACUGGUGGCUGCUCCCAGCACAGGGAGCUCAGCAGGGCUGGGAGCAAAGCAAUCCGCUUUGGAAUAAAGCGUCAGCAUUCUCCAGCACUGCCUCUGGCUCCUUUCCUCUCAUGAUGCAGACCACAGGGAGCCUGGGAUACCCUCUGCUCCUCUCCUGAAGCUCAACACUUCUCAGAGCUGGAGCUUGGUGACACCUGGGACCUGCUGGAAAGGGGGGAAGCCAGGACACGAUGCCCAGGCAGAGGGGGAGCAGGGCUGGAUGCAGCUCAAGGGCUGCUCAUGGCAGCACCAGCCCAGAGACCACCCCAGCACUGAGGGUGGGUGAAGUGCCUGUGAUGGUUCUUCACUGAUCCAGGCGCAGGGUCUCCAGCACCACACAGUCCUACCAGGAAAGGGCCUGUGGAGCUACAGCUCCUCUUGCCACGGGAGGUGGGUGCUGGUGUGUGCACAAGGUCUUAAAAGUUCCCUGCUUGCUAUUUAGACCCAUAAUUUACAUGGGAACACACACCAAGGGAAACCUGGUUCCUGGCAGCUCAAAAUAGAGCUGGUCCAGAAGAGCA